UAUUCUUUUCUCUAUAUAAUGGACGUCUCUCCCCACUCUAUCUUUCACAACAUUUGAAUAGAUUUACGAAAUUAUUUUUCUCUUUUCAAAAACAGAAAAAAAAGAAAAGAAAAGAAAAGAAGAAAGCAUGUCAGGAGACAGUGUGGAGAGCAAGGAAUGGUACAUGGCAGCGUAUGCACCUCAAGGCGUUCCAACUUCCGAUCAUCUGAAAAUCCGCACUGCAACAUUGUCUUUGGUCGCUGAUUCCAUUCCUGAUGACCAUGUCGCAGUUGAGAUCCUUUGGAUUUCUGUCGAUCCUUAUCAACGUACUAGAAUGACUGGUUUCAGAGAUGGCCUUGAUAUGCCUCCUUUCGAUCUCAAUCAGGUGAUAUCAACACUUGCAAUUGGAAGGGUAAUUCGGUCAAAAAGUAGCAAAUAUAAGGAGGGUGACAAUGUUUUUAGCUUUUUCUUUCCAGCUGGGGAAUUCUGUGUAACACCAUCAGACGUGAUAAUGAGAAAGAUUGAUAAAGUGCCAGGGAAUAUUACCUUGCCACACUACCUCAGUUGCUUCGGGGUAGCUGGGUUUGCAGCAUGGGUGGGGAUAAAGGUAAUAGGUGACCCAAGGCCAGGGUCAAAUGUAUUCAUCUCAGCCGCAGCUGGAGGUGUUGGAAUGGUUGCCGGACAAUUGGCUAAGCUAAAGGGCUGCAGAGUUAUUGGGAGUGCUGGAACUGAUGAAAAGAUAAAGCUUUUAAAGGAGGAAUUCGGGUACGACGAUGCCUUCAAUUACCACACAGAAAAGGAUUUUGAUGCUGCUUUGAGCAAGUACUUUCCUGAUGGGAUUGAUUUAUACUUGGAUAAUGUUGGGGGUAAAAUGCUAGAGGGAGUGCUGAACCAUGUCAAUCAUCAUGCACGAAUCCCGCUUUGUGGAAUGAUUUCUCAAUAUAAUAAGGGUAGCACAGAGAGAGAUGGCAUUAGAAACCUGUUUAAUAUGAUUGGCAAGGAGGUGAGGAUGGAAGGAUUUAUGGUGGGUACAUAUCUGAAUCGUUUUCCAGAAUUUAUGAAGGAAAUAGAAGGCUAUAUAGCUCAAGGAAAAUUGCACUUUAAACACAAGAUAUUCAAUGGGAUUGAGAGCUUUUUGGACGGCUUCGGAUCCAUGUUCUCAAGCUCUAACACUGGGAAAGUUAUUAUUAAAGUCAAGUAGAUAGUACAUUGAGAAUUCAAACUCAAUAAGCUUUAAUUGUGAUCUUAAGAAGUUACUUCUAUAAAAAGAGGAUAUUUUAUGUGA